AUGUUCUCUAGAAGUGUUCGUUUAACAUCAUCAAUUGGUAUCAAUUCUUACAAAUCAACAUCGUUUGUUAGUUCUUGUAGAAGUUUUUCCCAAUACUCACCACUUUUAAAUAUGUCUGCUCCAGCCACUACUCAAAUUGAAGUCCUCCAACAAGGUAACGGAACUGUUUUCCCUAAGCCAGGUGACUUAGUCACCAUCCACUACACCGGUACUUUAGAAAACGGUAAGAAAUUCGACUCUUCCCGUGACAAGGGUAAGCCAUUCCAAUGUACCAUUGGUGUCGGUCAAGUUAUCAAGGGUUGGGACUCUGGUAUCCCUCAAUUAUCUGUCGGUACCCGUGCUAAGUUGACCAUCCCAGGCCACGAAGCUUACGGACCAAGAGGAUUCCCAGGUUUAAUCCCACCAAACGCUACUUUACUUUUCGAUGUUGAGUUGAUUGGUGUUAACUAG